AUGGAAGGUCUUAAAGAUUUGCUUGCUCCUAAAACACUCCACUGGCUAAGUUAUGUGGCAAAUGUGUUGUGGAUUUUGCUCGGAAUUAUCCUAUCUCCAAUCUUUCUCGACAUUGAAAACAGCGAACCGACAGACUUCCGUUGUGGCUCAAAUGACGACAGGGAACUCAUUCGUGGAAAGUGUUACGAAGAGUACGAUAAACAAUACAACAAAUUCCCUGUUUAUGGAUUCGUGAUUAUUAACUUCCUUGUGACUGCAAGUGUUUGUGGAAUAUACUCACAAGCGGUGAAGUCGAGAGUUGAGGAACUUGAACGUGAAAACAACGCGGAUGAUGAUGUAGAAGGGCAAACUCCCCGGAAAAAGCUAUUCAAAGCGUACUGUUUGCAACUUCUUGUCAGAUUUGUUCUUGGGAUUUUUUUUCUCGUUCUGCAGACCAAAUUACUUUAUCCUCUCAGCUUUCCCUCGAACUUUAACUGUAACUUAACAAGAGACGGGAAGUUUUCAGACAUUACGGCCAGUGCGUCUCGUAACGAAACUCAAACGCAAACGUCAUACGAAUGUCAUAAUCAACGAGCAGCUAAGAAGACCGUCUGGGCUUAUGCCGUGAUCGUUGUAACUGGAGCGUUUGCACUCCUUGUGUUUAUCGAGUCUCUGUAUAUGUUGUUAUGUCGUGCAAGAAAAGUAAGCUUCAGAGCCUUUACGAAGGACCAGGAAUUUCAUAAAUGUUAUCUGAGUUCGAGUAAGCCAACAGACGAGCAAGUCCCAAGGAAAACCAAACGAUCUGAUAGGGAUCCUUUAUGUCAUUCAGAUGAGGGUGAAAGACUAGAAGAGUAUCCCCAAACCAGAGAAAACUCGCAACAAACACUACCAGGAGAUAUUUUUGGUGCUGAAAAACAGAAGACACUUGAUGUUGGUCGUCCUGGAUUUGGAAAAACUAUGUUUAGCACGAAGAUUCUCCGCAACCCGGCAUCCGAAAGUUUGUUUCCAAUGGCUACUAGAAAUGAUGGAGAUGUACAAGACAAAGGCAGAAGGCUUUGGGACGCGUUAAAAAACAAAAAAAUCGAUCGCGUCGACCGUAUAUCAAUAAUUGGAGAACUACUAAAAAAUGGCGCACCAGUAAAUUUCAGGGAAUCCGAUAGACAGGUGGGAAACUUAAAGUUUAUAAAUAAGGUUUCCGUAGUUAUUAUUUGCCGCAGCAUUACAUCUCACUCUUACCUACGUAAAAAGAAACACGAGAGUGCAAGGAAAUCUUAUCCAGCGCACAGACAGUCCAUUUCUCCUUUGCGUCGCAUCAUUGCUCUUUCGUUGUUCAUUCAUGACGGUGGUAAACUUUAAAUAAUUUUCCAUUGAUUUUAUGCGCGAUUGAGUUGUAUUACGUCGAACAUGUCAAUAAUUUCGAAUCAAAAUCUUAAGCGUUAUACCCUCUUAAAUGAAGAAAGUACAGGUUAGACCUAUUGUAUUUGGCAGUUCAACAUUUCGUACAAUCUGAUCGACUGCGCUGCGCUGCAGUGCAGUGCAGUGCAGUGCUCGAAUCGGCUUAGCCUUUUAUAUGUCUUCUGCAUAGUCAGUGAGUUAGUUGCCUACAGAAUCCUUGUAAUUAGAAUCAAUCCGUGCGGUUUUGUUUAGUCUGUGGCAUUUAUCCUUACGGUUUUCGGGGAAACCCUAUUGUUUGUUUCGCUUUCAAUUUGACAUCGUUAAGUUUGCAUUCAAUUUGACAUUGGUAAGAUUAAGGUGUCAUGGCGACUCGAUGUGUUUUCGCUGUGUUUUCCUGAGCUGCGUUCUUUACAUUGUAUUUCUGCUUUCUUAUGUCUGCUCUCCGCGUCCAAACGAUUCACUGCACCAUCUUAAGGAAAAAAGGAUUGAAGUCAUCUACGUUUUACACUGUUAUUCACAGUUUUCGCGGUAGUGUGGUCACUCUUCUCAGAAUUCGAGUCAACUUCUGCCGCCUUCUUGGGUUUCUUGCACACCGUCGCACGACGUUUCUAGCCUCAAGUUUGGCCUACUAUCCCAACUCAGUUGCUGGGUUCCGGCUGAUAAGGCUUCUUUCUUGAAGCGACCUUUCUGCCAAUCCUGGUCCAGCUCCUAACUGUAAUAAAAACGUAUGUUCAGUCUGCUGACCAUCGAGAGAUUCAAUGCGAUGUUUGUCUCUCUUGGUGUCACAUCAAAUGUGGUAAAGUAACAACUGCUGAAUACAACAAACUUGUCUCCUUGACUGUCAGCUUCCCAUGGAGCUGCCAUGUGUCUGUAAUUACAACUUCAAAGAAUCUGCCUUUUUCUGAUAUUAGAAAUCCCGGCUCCGGUUUGGAUCCUUCUUCAGAUGCUGACACGAGUAUUCUGAAUGAAUCGUCGGAUAACAUUAACAUCGUCCAUGUCCUACCAACACCAUCACCAAACAGCAACCUGUCUACCUGUCAGCUCCUACUGCUCCCCAAGAUACCAAGGUAUCUUCUGGUUUAAAGGGGAUGAUAAUCAAUUGCAACGGCCUCAAGGGUCCAUCUCGUUUCUCAGAAUUUCAGGUUCUUCUUGACUUUCACAAACCUGAUAUCAUCCUCGGCUGUGAAUCAAAGCUUGACUGAGUGACGACCUAUUCAGUCCUUCCGCCCACCUAUUCCGUGUCUAGAAAGGACCAAAAUCGUAAUGGGGGAGGUGUGUUCCAGACGAUUAAGUCUGAAAUCGUUUGCGAGGAAAAGCCUAACUAUGGAAAAGAUUGCGAAAUCCUCUGGUCAUCAGUUAAGAUCGGUAACUGUAAAACUCCCCACCUAGCAUCUUGUUACAGACCACCAAAUUCUCCCCAAGAUGUUUUGGAACAAUUUUCAGAUUCCUUUAAUUGUGUCUUGGAAUCCUCUAAUCAUCACCCUAACAUAAUAGAAGCAGGAGAAUUUAACCUUGGUGAUAUUGACUGGUCCGCCGAGGUUCCAUUUGCUAACAACUCAGUUGCCUCGGCUCUACACAAUAGGCUGCUUCGUAUUACAGAGGACUUUUCGCUCACGCAGCACGUGAAAUGCGUUACUCGUCCAACAUCUGAAAAAACUUUGGAUUUAUUUUUUCAUCUUACCUAAACGUUAUCUCUGAUGUCUAUACUAUACCUGCAAUGAGUGAUCAUCUGGCAAUCCUUUUUCACCUAAAUGUUAAAGAUUCAAGAUCAUUUAAGCCUCCACACAAGAUUUUUGACUACAAAAGAGCAGAUUUUGAUGGCUUAAGAAAGUCCAUGUCUGAUUCUGCAGAGACCUUCUUUGCUUCAGCUCCACAAAACUUUGCUGUAGAAGAUAACUGGCCCCUCUUCAAAACUACACUUACAAAGGGCAUGGUUAAUUACAUUCCUCAAAGAUAUUCUUACAUGAAAUACAAGCUCCCUUGGAUAACCCUCUAAAUCAAACGUCAAAUGAGCAAGAAAGAUCGAUUGCAUAAGAAAGCUCUCCGCUACCAGAAACCCGACCAUUGGGUGGCGUUUAAGAAACAACGGAACCUCGUUUCAAGGAUUGUUAAAGAAUCUCGUAUGUAGUGAUUACUUGAACAAUGGUAUCGCGGCGAGCCUUCAGGAGAACCCCAAAAAACUUUGGUCUUAUGUCAGAUCUUGUAAAUCAGAGGACAUUGGUAUACCCCCUCUGCGAUAUGGCAAUAACCUGUGCACUUUUGAUAAAAGCAAAGCCGAGGCACUUAAUUCCUAUUUCUACUCAGUAUUUACUCAAGAGAAACUACCAAUCCCUACUAAACCUACCUCCCCGUACAACCUAAUUUCUGACAUCGACAUCUCAGUUCAUGGGGUACAUAAACAACUUCUUCAAUUAAACCUAAGAAAAGCUUGUGGUCCGGAGGAAAUACCAGCUCGUGUCCUUAAAGAACUGACCUCAUCUAUUGCACCUUGGCUUAGUUCUAUAUUCCAACAGUCCUAUGACACAGGAGUAGUACCCUCUGACUGGACUGAAGCCCUGGUUACAGCUAUUCAUAAAAAGGAUUCAAAGUCAAACCCUGGUAAUUAUCGCCCCAUUUCUCUUACUUCCUUAUGUUGUAAGGUUAUGGAACACAUUAUCUUGAGUCACAUUGCAAAACACUUGGCCACAAACAAUAUCCUGAUCGAUCAGCAACAUGGAUUUAGACAACGCUUCUCGUAUGAAACUCUACUUAUUUCAGCAAUCAGCGACUAGGCUCGAUGUAUUAACUCGCGUUCACAAACUGACGUAAUCCUUCUUGACUUCAGCAGAACCUUUGACUCUGUACCUCAUCAGCGUUUACUAUUAAAACUUGAUUAUUAUGGUAUAUGUGGAAAGACUGCGGCAUGGAUCAAAGCCUUCCCUAAGCAAUCGUUCCCAAGUGGUGUCUGUAAAUGGCACUCACUCCAGCCCUCGGCCUGUACCUUCUGGUGUACCCCAAGGCUCAUUACUGGGUCCUGUUUUAUGCUUACGUGAAUGGGCUGAAACCUGGCAACGAAACUUUAAUAUCACCAAAUGUUAUCACUUAGGGAUUACUAAUAAGGUUGUCCCCUUUUCCCAUAAUUAUCUCACUAAUGAUAUUGUUAUUGCUAAAUUAGCCUGCAUCAAAUAUCUUGGAGUAACUAUGACUCAUAAUCUUAAUUGGAAUCAACAUUGUGAUAAUAUUUGUAGUAAGGCUAAUAGCACGCUUGGUUUUCUGAGAAGGGUGUUGCGCAUUGUUCCAUGGAUGUCAAAUCCAAGGCAUACACUACCCUUGUGCGUCCUCAACUAGAGUGUGCUUGCUCUGUGUAGAACCCUUAAAUAAAACGAAAUAUUCACCAAAUCAAACCAGUUCAGCAUAGAGCAGCAAGGUUCGUUUUUAGAGACUACUCAAAUUUUAGUCAUGUUACUCCCAUGUUAAAACAGCUUGGUUGGGACACUCUUGAACUACGCAGGCUUUCGUACCAAUUGUCAAUGUUUUAUAAAAUACAAUAUACAAACCUCUGUAAUUUUGUGACAGCGUCCCCCAAAACCAUAUAAACUCUUAAUUUUUUUUCACGAUUUCUGUGAUAUUCCUAAAAACGGGCAAACACAGUGAUUUUCGAAUUAGUUCCUUCCAAGUAGUAGAUGCAUGACGAAUUUUACAGUUUAAAAGAAAAACUGAAAAAUUUUAAAGAGUAUAUAUGGUUUUGGGGGACGCUGUCACAAAAUUAUAGACGUUUGUAUGGAUCUUUAACCAUGUUUCAAGAGUCAUAACUUGAUUCCCCUUCAAUUUUAGAGCACCAAACUUGGUCAGAUAACCAAUCUCAACAUGACCUUUUAUAUGGUGGUGUCAGUUUAUCGAUUAGUUUAAAUUUGAAACUCGCCCCAGCUUCCUACGCAACUCCGAAAUGACUAAUUAAAGCAUUAAAAACAUAUUCUGAUUUCUUUUGGACUAAGGUUGAGGUUUAUGUUCAGAUUUACCAGUAUUUAUGUUAAUAUGCACUCAAAACUAACGCAUUGAGGUAAUUGACGAAAUUGACGUGUAUGCUGCAUAUGGAAAAGUUCAAAGGUGUCUCGUGCGCGUGACAGACGCUGGUUGACAGAGAGGCAAAUAAAUAUGUAGGAAGUUAUACUUCCGUAAUAGCUGAUAAAAGUCCAGUCAUUUCAAUUUGCUGCAUGCUCUUGCCUGUUGUUGUAACUACGGAGUGGGGAAUUUGAAUUUGUGGGUGGAUUUUAUUUGUUAGCUUUGUCAGAUAUGGCAGGGACACAACAACAACAACAUUUAAGCACAUUUUGGGCAUUUCUUAUAAUUUUAUUUUGAAAGACACUGAGAAUUAAAGUAAAGUGUCUGAUGAUAAUGUUAUCAGUUUUAUUUAGUGCAACAUGUCAAAAAACAACCACAGGCAAACAGGAAAAAAUAAGUAAAAGGUUCAUGACAACUUUUCCAUAAUUCCCCAGGGAUGUAUCGAAGGAAAAGCUAAGCAGGCUUUGUUAUAGGUCAAGCCAGCUUUUUUACCCAACUGCACCUUCAAAAUUACCCCAUGUCUUUGCUGAGCAAUUUUUCCUUUUUCAGACGGUGAAAUUAGCCGGCAGCAAAGCUGCAGCAGGCUCUUAGCGACAUCCCUGAUAAUGCCUAUUAGAAACCCUGAAGAACUUAGUCACACCCUGUCAUCCAGUUUCCUUUACUUUGCCAUAAAUGUGUCCAUCCCCACCCCCCUUAUUUUAAAUCCCAGCUGCCAUUCACCUACCCUCUGUUAGGGCUAUCGCUAGGCUGUCUGCUCGUACCUGCCUUCAUGUUCAGCUCCCACAAAUUUUUGCAUCUGCCUUGGAUUAACUACGUGCUUACUUACCGGCACUUUUAACCAAUUCUCCUCAAAUGUAAUUGCCUAAUUUGUAAAUAUCCUAAAAGUUUUAGAUGGCGCAAGCGGAAUGUUCGGACGGACCUUUUGCUGAACUUUUUUUCUAGUGAAAGUUUUUCCAUCUUUCUGGCACAUUUUCCUUGUGUUUUAAGUAAUCUGUCUAAUUGUAUUUUAUCUCCCUAGGAAAGUCAGAGGACCCCUCUUCACUUCGUGGUAUAUGAAAUUGGUGGAGAUGAUGAUCUUUUACACAUGCUCUUAA